AUGGCUUUUGAUCAAAGAUUUUUCCUCUUGAGCAUUGUUGCUUUGAAGACUUUAGGACUGGUAAUUGAGAAUACAUUUACAACACCAAACAUUGAAACAAAGAAUUUUCAUUACGUUGUUGAUUUUUGGCAGUAUGUUGUUGAUGUCAACAAAUAUGGUCUAGAUUUAACUGGAAUUACGACAAUGACAUUUGAGGUGAAGGCGUGUGGAGGGGCUUCAAUUGUCAUGUCAAAUUCAGAAGUUGGAGACCCCAAAAAGCCCUUGUAUAAUUUAAUUAUUGGUGGCGAAAAUAAUACAAAAUCAACUAUCAAAGUACGGUUGGACGAUUCCCUUCAACCGACGAGCCAGCGACUGAUCUCUGACCAAACUCCUGACGUUUGUAAAUGUAAUGAAUACCGACCAUUUUGGAUCAGUGUUAAAAACGGAGAGCAAUGGAUAGGAACAGGACGUAUCGUUGGAAAAAGUGCUAUAAUCGGGUUGAACUAUCCUCAUUUUAUAAUAAGAGGCAUAGGAAUAUACACAAAUCAGGAGAAUAUAGGAGAUUGGAGGGUACAGAUAGAAGGACUGGUAAUUGAAAAUACAUUUACAACACCAAACAUAGGGACAAAGGAUUUUUUUUACCUUGUUGAUUUUUGGCAGUAUGUUAUUGAUGUCAACAAAUAUGGUCUGGAUCUAACUGGAAUUACGACAAUGAAAUUUGAGGUGAAGGCGUGUGGAGGGGCUUCAAUUGUUAUGUCAAAUUCAGAAGUUGGAGACCCAAAAAAGCCCAUGUAUGAUUUUAUCAUUGGUAACGAUAAUAAUCAAAAAUCAUUUCUUAGAAGACGGAAGGACGAUUCCCUUACAGCGAUGAGCAAGCAAACUGUCUUGUACCAUACUCCUGACAUUUGUAAAUGUGAUGAAUACCGACCAUUUUGGAUCAGGGCCAAAGACGGAGAUCUUUGGAUCGGAGAAGGACGUACCGUUGGUAUGAAUAUUACAGCCGGGUUUUAUUACCCCCCUCCUUUUACAGUAAGGGGUAUAGGAAUAUACACAAAUCAGGAAAAUAUAGGAGAAUGGAAGGUACAGAUAGAAGGUACAAUUGUUUCCUUUUCUUAA